CUCGUAUUGUCCACGAUCCUCAAUCUCUCUACACGGACUCUCUGCGACUACUGCUAUGUAUGGCUCCUUUGUUCUGUCUCUAUAACUAUGCUGCGCUCGAAUAAGUCACUGGACAUGACUUUCCGCCAUGUACUCCACCGCCUUUCAACCAGUGUCUCCCCAGUUUCAUGAGCCUCCGGCUCCACUCACAGCCCCCGUAAGGCUCCAUCGCCCUCGCACUCGACGGUCGUGUGACUUUUGUCGCUCUCGCAAGAGUGCUUGUCGGCUCGACCAAGGGCCUCCAUGCUACGCCUGCCGUCUGUACGCCCGGGAAUGUAUCAUCAGCGAGAGACCGCCACGGAAGAGGCAAAAAUCGACGAGCGAAGCAGGAAGAACCACUGUAGUCUCAGCCACCACUCACGACACGGGUGCUGCUAGACCGGCACACUCUGAUGGACCCAGAUCAUCGAACUGGACGCAGGGAUCCCAGGCCGCGGUACUUGCCAACAACGACGCGGAUCUCGCCGUCUUCUCCCCUCAAUCCAAUGGAAGCUCGCAGCAGAUGUCGCCCACGCAGGGAGCAGGCUCCGUAACUUCACAGGUUUCGGUCGAAUCAGGUCGGCCGACAACAAGACACGCCGUCGUGGGACGAGAGCACGAUGCGCCCACCGAGUCAUUGGACGCGUGGCCGACCAAAACCACCUUCCUCCUAGGAGACACAGGCGAGUCGGACCCCUACCUGCUUCGGCACUUUUCGUCGGAAUAUCUCGACUCAUCGGUGGAUGACAUUGCCAAGGUGACACCCAGACAUAUGCUACGUGCAUCAGACCCAGACGUCAUGCACAGCCAAGGAAAGCCCUUGAUCAUGUCGAUCGCCGACCAUUCGCUCUACGACCGAGGAGAACCGCGACUGGACCAAAAAGUCCUUGACCAAGCGGCAUGCGAAGUCUCCCAGAUGAUCUCGGAUGAGACAGGCGUCCGACUGGUCAAGCUCUUCUUCCGAUACAUCUACCCGUAUUUCCCCAUCUUGUCUAAGACGCGUCUUCUGUACCCGCUGGCCGAACUGCCCUCGCGACUCAAGUCCCUCCCGCUCUCUCUCAAAGCAGCCAUCUAUGCAUCAGCUUUGGCCUUCUUCACCUAUGACGACGUGCUGGCGACCACGAUUGUCCAUUCGCCUCCGUCGAGCCAGCGAUUGUACCGCAUCGCCUGGGUCGCUGUGACGCACGAAGUCCACACGCCUCACCUCUCCACUUUGCAAUCAUGCUUACUGCUUCUCCAACGGGUUAACGACGAUCGGUACGUGAUGGACACCGUGUUUCGGUGGAGUUUGCUCGGCUGGACCGUAGCUCUGGCACAGACCUUUGGCUUGUCCACCGACUGCCUCGACUGGACGGGGCUUCCAGAGUGGGAAAAGAGGCUGCGGCGGCGUCUUUGGUGGGCGGUUUUUGUCAUGGACAAAUGGGCAUUCAUGUCGGCCGGGUUGACGAGCCACAUCCACGAUGACAACUACGACGUCGCGCCUCUGACUGCGGCCGACUUUGUCUAUUCUGGCGAGACAGAGUCGUCCCAACAACAACAGCAACACAACGGCAGUGUCGAAGCCGCGAGCUCCGCUGGCGCUACCGAGCCUCCCUUAUCCCACUUCUAUCAUCUGACCCGCCUCACCGCGAUUCUCAGCGACAUCCAAACCGCGUUCUUCACCAUUGCCGCCUCCAAACGCACCGAACGCGACUUUCAACUCUCCAUCGAUCUGGCCAAGCCCAUCCGCCGCCGCCUCAAGGAAUGGAAGACGUCGUACGACACCUAUCUUGACUCUCCGCACCUCCACGGCCACCACCACCACAACACCACCGCCAUACGUUCCCGCUCGUCUGGUCUGGACGGCAACGCCUCCCUGGGGCUAAGCUACCUCGUCACCAACAUCAUCCUCUUCCGCGCCCUCCUCCGGCCCAUCGAAUCCAACCUCCCCUCGUCGAUUCCGUCGUCUUCCUCCGAAGCCGGCCGUGACGCGGUCCGCAUCGGCGCCAAGACGUGCUGCAUGGAGGCCGUCGAGUUCGUCGAGUCGCUGCGCCGCAACGUCUGGGACGCGUUUUGGCACUCGUGGUCGCGCGCGGGGUUUGCCAUGAUCUCGUCCAUGACGAUCCGGCUGCUGAUCACGAGCGAGGAGUCGGGCGAGGUCGACGAGAUCAACGCCCUCAUCAGGCGGUGGCGCUGGGCGUUGCGCACGGGCGGGGGCAGCGCCGGGAAUGUCUUGAUGAGUUUGGCGCUGUUGAGGCUCGAUCGGUCGUUGGUGACGAGGGGGAUUCACGAGAGUGACGAGGAGUGACCAUCAAGAGGGGAUGGAUAUAAAUGCAAUGUCCACUAAUCUUUCCAUCUCCGUACGGAUUUCGACUUCCAGAUAGCGACGACCGGGAAACCGGUGGUAUUCGUCGGGAAUAUUGCUAGGUAUAAC